AAGCACGCUACAAUUCACAGCAGUAAGGGUCAGAAGUUCAACGUCUCAAACGGAACCAGAAGUGAGAUAUUUGAAGACUAACAAGAUUAAAUUUAUCAAAUUAAAAGAGACUUUCGACCUUGCUAGUUGCUCCUUAAAAUCCAGGUAACUCAUUUGGGACCUAUAGACAGAGUUUCCUGCCAAAAGACAGCAACAUUUUCACGUAAGUUUUUGAGUCAUCAUUUUUAGUUUCUACAUGUUUAAAAUGUUUCUUUCCAUCACUUUAGAUAUUUCCAGUUAUUCUAGUCUUAACAGGAAAUAGUAUUGAUAUAUUUUAAGGUCUUUUCAUAUGGGUAAACAUAAGUGUUGUUUCUAAUAAUCAGCUCUGGUAUUUUGGAGCCCUGGUGUUCUUUUUUCAGCUUUCACAGUCACAUGAUUUACACCCAGUCUACAGCAGACCACGGAAAAUACCAACAUAGAUUAUUAUGGAAUUACAUUUACACACAUCUUUAAACCACUGUAAGGCUACUUCCUUACAUCAGAGGACAAAUUCAGUGACUGCACUGUAUAAUAAAGAGAAUUAGGAAGUAAACCCUCAGUCUAACUGUGCACUGCCUCAUACUGUUCCUGCUUCUCCCUCAGAGACAUGGCUUUUCUAAUCAGCUGUCUUCUCAUCCUCACUGGACUCACAGGAGUUCACAGCAUAUUGACAGUCAAGAGAGUAACAGCAAGAGCUGGAGAUUCAAUAUCUAUUCCAUGUUUGUAUGAAGCAAAAUACAAAAACCAUGUAAAAUACUUGUGUAAAGGAUAUUACUGGAAUAGCUGUUCAUACUCAUUUAAAUCAAACCAACAAAAUUCACCAAAGUUUUCAAUCUCUGAUGACAAAGAGCAAAGAGUCUUCACUGUGACGAUCAAAGAUCUGACCCGUACAGACGCGGAUUAUUACUGGUGUAAUGUGGAGAUAAAUAAUGGGGCAGAUGAUGGAAUACGUUUUCAGCUGUCUGUCACUGAUAAUCCUGAUCUGUAUGUGGAUGAUCAGAGGAUUACAUCCUAUGGAGGGGAUAACGUCACCAUCAAGUGCUUCAGUCGUUACUCUGGAAGCAGUCAGUGGUGUCGGCUGGGUGGCUCCUGUGUGACGAGCUCAUCUGGAUGGAUAGGCAGAACAAAAGUGACCAUCUCUGUGAAGUCCAGUGAGGUUUUCACCGUGAACAUGAGUGGACUGAGCAUCGAGAGCAGCGGCUGGUAUCUGUGUGCUAGGGGAGACAUACAGAUGCCAGUUCAUGUAAAUAUUACUGCAAGGCCUUCUAUCAACCCAACAUCUACACCCCCAAAUAGACAACACAGUCCUGCUCUGGAGAAGUUCCUUGUCCCUCUGAGUUUGUUGAUCUUCUUCAUGAUAGUGACUGUGGUCGCCUGGUUCCUCUUAAAAAGACAAAAACAAGCCAAAGCAGAAUCAUCAGCAACAAAGACUGAAGAGGAAAUAACAUACAGUACUGUAACAAUAAGGAGUAAACCCACAAGACAAAUCGAGGCAGAUGCCGACGUGACAUACAGCUCUGUGGUUAUACCAAACAAAGCCAAAGGUACAUUUGAAAACAUUUAGAUUCAACGUCACAGUUGUUAGCAGUCUUACAAAACUGGAGUCUUUUGGUCUUUUUUAAAAUCAUUUUAAUUAUCCUUUUAAGCCUAAUUCUUUUUUUUCCCCAAAGGUUGAAGUAAAAUUUGAUGACAAACCACAAGGAGUCAGAGAGAAAUUUUGAAUGUCCUUGUAAGGGUUUUACAGAAAUGAAUUUUUUAAAAUAUUCUUUUAAAACGCAAUUCAAGUAUUCCUAAACUUUUCACCCCAAACACAGUCUCAGUCAGUCUCUCCUGACUAAUGUGUGGACUCACAGAUUCUCUGCUCCAUGAAUUUGUGGAUUGCAGUAAAAUCAGAAGAUUUGGUAGAGAAUUGGCUAUUAGAGAUUUUAGAAAUGAAACUUAAUUUCCAUCCAUCAGUUUGUAUUUUGCAAAAUGUUUAGAAUAUUAUUGCAACAUCUGCAAAGUUGGAUUAUUGUUUUUUCUUCAUUAAUAUUCAAGAAACGUAUCUUAAAACAUUGGAAAUGUACAUUUCCUCUUUCAUUAAAUCAGUGGAAAAAUAAAUUGCCUUAUUAUAUGGAUAUUGAAAAGCUAAUAACCGUUGAAAAAAACAAAGUGACCAAAAUUGACGACAUAUGGGGAAAAGUCAUACAAGGGCUGAGCCCAUAAAAAGUUCUAAAUUUAACAAAUUGAUUAGUCCGUCUCGUUGGUAAAGCACUCUGGUACUUCCUGUUGAUUGUGUAUGAAUUGUUUGUGCUGAUGAUCUUUUUUCAGUAGGUUGAAUAAAGACACAGUAAAAGAGAAACACCAUAUGAUAUGUUUAAUUUGCUCUAUUAUAGAUAUUUAAGUAAUGGUAAAGGAUGUCAAGGUAUUGAAGCUGAGCUUGUCUGUUUUCUGUGUGGGUUAAAUUCACUUCUAUGUUGAUUACUUUAUUUUAUUUUUGUGCAUGUGUGUGUGUUUUACUUUUCUGCACUGUCUUAAUUAUGAGUGUGUAUCUUUAUUGUCAUCUGUGUGUAAUUUGUUCACAUUGUUGACAUUUCUCUAUUGAGUUGAUAUAAAAUAAAGUUGAUAAAAACUCAUGGACAACUCUAAAGUAUGAAGCUCAUUAAACUGGACAGAUCUGUGAAACUCUGAUUUCUGUGCAGUGUAUUUCUAGGAAAUAAGACAACAUUGAUAGAGAAUUGGACUUCAAUUUUGCAGUGGAACAACAGUGCCAUCUCAUGGAUUUGGUAAUAAUAGUUCCAAAAGGUCUUAUUUGUUUGGUUUAAUUUGAAAUCACUACAAGCAUGUAAAAAUAACUUAUAACUCAAUAACAGCAAGAUAAGAUAAAUAAUCCCUCCAGCAAGUCCUUGGCCUACCCUUGGGUCUUCUUCCAGUCGGACAUGACCAGGAGGCAUCCUGGUAAGCUGCCUGAACCAUCUUAACCUGCUCCUUUUAAUUUGAAGGGGCAGCAGUUCUACUUCAAGACCACUCCGAAUGUCCAAAGCUCAUGACCGUGAGGGUUGGAAUCAAGAUCGACUGGUAAAUUAGGAGUUUUGCCUUCCAACUGUACAGUACGAGGUCUGCAAUACUGCUGAUGCUGAACCAAUCUGCCUGUCAAUCUCACGGUCCAUUCUACUGUCAACUGUGACCAAGGCCCUGAGAUUCUUGAACUCCCUCACUUGGGCCAAAGACACCCUCCAUGACCCUGUGUAUGAAAUUCACAGAAUCGGAGAUACGGGGCAGCCCAUAUCUCCAACAUGCACCGGGAAUGUGUUCAUCUUUGUGCCCAGAAUGCGGACACAGCUCUUGCUUUUGCUACAAAAGGACCUGAUGGCUCGCCACAGCAGUCCCAGGACCCCAUAUUCCUGCAGUACCCCCCACAUAAGCCUCCAUUGGGCGAGGUCAUAAGCCUCUUCCAGUCUACACAACACAUGUAGACUUGAUGUGCCCAUGCUUCCUUAAGGAGUCCUGCAAGAGUAAAGAGCUGAUCCACUGUCCCACAGCCAGGACAGAAUCUGCAUUGUUCCUUCUGUAGCCAAGGUUCGACAAUCGGUCUCCUUUCGCAGGGGGCUGAGCAGUGUGAUACCUAAAUAAGUGUAGCACACCCUCUUGUCCACUGCCUUAAAAAUAUGAACCAUCACCCCGGUCUGCCGCUCCACAGGUACUGUCCCAGACAUCCACACAACAUUGAAGAGGUGUGUCAGCCACGACAGCCUUAUGACAUCCAGCAUCUUAGGGUGACCCUCAUCUACAGUGACGCCUUACCACCGAGGAGCUUUUGA